AAUACAAGUAACUAACGUCAAAUGUCAAAUUUGCAAUAAUUAUUUGUAAACAAAAACUAUAGUUGUUAAACAAAAUGAUCUCAGAUUUUGCUAAAGAAAAAGUCUUCUGGACAAGAAAAAUGAAUUUGAAACUUGUUAAAUUCAUUGAAAGCCGCCCUAAUAUAUGGAAUCCUAAACACCCUAAAUACACAUCGGUUUCGCUCCGUGAUCAAACUUACGCGGAGUUUGCUUCGGAAUAUGGCAAUGAGUUCACAUGGCAAGCAGUAAAAGACCGGUGGACAAAUAUACGCUCAACCUUUGCUAAUUAUUUAAGAAAAAUUAAUCAUAGUCGUCAGAAAGGUGACGCAGAGCCAUACAAAGUUAACUGGCAUUUGUGGGAAGCAUGUAGCUUUUUACUAAAAAUUAAUCGGAAAUCAAAUUUGGAUAAUCAUGAGGAACAAAAUGUUAAUGAGACAGAAGAAACAACAGAUAGGAAAGAAGAGAUAAGCGAUGAAGAAUUUUCAGAUGACAAUUCAAAUAGUUUGAACAGCAGUUGUGUCAAUGUAGCCAAGAACUUAGCUUCAGUAUUUAGAGGAGUUCAGAAUGAUGCAUUUGGUUUGAAUAACUCAAAGACAGGCCAUGUAGGACAAGUUGUAGCAAAAAAGUUGUCACAAAUGAAUUCCUAUGAGGCAGCACAAGUGUCCCAUAAAAUUACCGAAAUAUUAUUAUUGUAUGAAAAAGAUAAUCCUGUUAAUCCUAAUAAUUUAAAAAAUGAAUAUUCGUAAUUC